CAGACACCAGAUGGGACUAGCGGCUGCGCUGUGGGCGACUCUGCGGCGCCGUAUGUUUUUGUUGAUUUCCUGCUUCAAAGGGAAACAAAAACCGUCGGCAAAGUGGCGCAUCGCAACCGCAUCGUUGAGUUCUUACGCAACUCGCCUACCCCUCUCCAAAUGAGAAGGUUUCUUGACCGCCAUCUAAUCUUCUUCCGCUAAACCUGUUGAAUCAUCUUCGUUACACCGCUGAGGAAGGGAUACAGCGAGUGUUGAAUCAGCCCUUGCUGCUAGGGGAAAUCGUUCACAAUGCCCCGCGUCGCAAACCCCAAGCAUCGCCGCUCCGGCGGCGCUUCAACCCCCCACAAGAACUCGCCGUUAAAAAUUCCUCUCAACGAUGACUUGGGCGAGAAGGCGGCCCGCAUGGAGGCCCGUCAAGCGCGCCAUGACCGACAAAUGGAUCAGAUUAAGGCCGCCGUGAAAACACCCAUGCCCCCGCGCAGGUAUUCGAACUAUGACCGCGCAUCUAGUAUGAGUCCUGCUACUCCCCGAGGGUCAGGCCAUCGAGGACGAGAUAACGAUGCAGACGGCCGAAGAGCUGUGACCCCGAUGAAGCGUGUCCCAAUCCUGGCUAAUUUCGAGGAAUGGAUGAAGAUGGCAACCGACAACAAGAUUAAUGCGAAUAAUUCGUGGAAUUUUGCUCUCAUCGACUACUUUCAUGACAUGUCCCUCCUGAAAGAAGGCGAUGGCGUGAAUUUCCAAAAGGCCAGCUGCACCUUGGACGGCUGCGUGAAAAUUUAUACGAGCAGAGUUGAUAGCGUUGCUACAGAAACUGGAAAACUUCUCAGUGGUCUGGCCGAUAGUCGCGAUAAGAAGGCCCGCGAGGCUGGUGCGGAGGGGGAGGAGGUCGACGACGAGGACGAGGAAGGCGAGGAAGGCACAACGAGAAAGAGCCGGCGAAAGCAACGCUCCCAUGAGGCCACAUUGGCACCCUCUUUUGCUGCCCUUCAACUCAAGAAGUUUGAGCUUGAAUUCUCGGUCGAUCCACUAUUCAAAAAAGCAUCCGCAGACUUUGAUGAAGGUGGCGCCAAAGGAUUGCUUCUGAACCAUUUGGCAAUCGACGGUCAAGGGCGCAUAGUAUUCGAUAGCAGCGACGAUGCUACCGAGGAAAGCCCGAAAGAGACGGAAAGUGCGCGCCAGGAUACAGAAGACCCCGAUCGACCGGACUCUCCUUCCCCUUCGAGACAAUCCCCUGGCGAAGUGUUCGAGGACAGUAUGGACAUCGACAUCGGCCCUCUAGCCAGCCAUUUCUUCCCCGACCUAGAGCGACUUGAGGAGCAAGACAUUUGUCCUUCGCUGAAGAAUUUUGACCUUGGAGAUCCGAGUGGAUCCUUGGACAUCCCCUUCCUCAAGGCGCCCGAAGAUUGGCGAAAUGAAAAGGAGCAAGGUCGCAACGUCAAUGACGCAUCUGGAAUCAUGCUCGAUGAUGAUAAUGCUGUAGGUUUCGAUGACGAUGACGAUGCGACUUUGGCUGGCUUCGACCUCACUGGGGAUGCAGGCUUCGGAGAUGGUGGAGAAGUAUGGGCUCGUGAAGCCGCACUUGAGCCAAUGCUUAAGGUCCAUCGGGUAGAUCGAGACGGUGAUGAGAACCAAGAUGGCGAAGAAAUCGACAACGAUGAUGCAUAUGCCAUAUCUCUUACUCAUCAGCCGGAUACUCGAGAUCACGAGAAUAUUCUCAGUUAUUUUGACAAUGCCUUGCAGAAGAACUGGGCUGGGCCAGAGCACUGGAAAAUCCGAAAAAUCAAGGAGCAUGCGGCCGCUAACACCGCGAAUGUGGCGCCAAAACAACGCAAAGAGAAGGAACCCUUUGAGAUCGACUUCGGUGCGCCUUUAGAUCCGUCUGUGGCUGAACUGAUUUACACUCCAGCUAGCUCCAACUCCACGAUCUCCCUGCCCAAAACGCAAUGGAAAACCAAAGGUCGCAACCUCCUUCCUGACGACAAACAUUUCAACUCACGCCAACUACUUCGCCUUUUCCUAAAGCCUAAAGCUAGAAUGGGCUCUAAGAAACUGUUGGGGUCACGGCAGUUCAGCAAUAGACGCCCGGACCAGACCUCGGGCAAUGGAGACAUGGACGAGGCAUUCUGGGCGAAUCAUAAAACCGAAGCCGACGCAGAGCCUGGUGAGGAAGGUGCUCCCGGAGCGUAUGAUGCCAACUUCUUUGCAGAUGAUGACGGUCUUGCGUUCCCGAAUGGCAUCGAUUUGGGUGACGAUGACGACGACAAUCUACCGUUUGCAGACGCCAGGGAGAUGUUAUCUCCACCAGCUGAUGGGGCUGCAGGGCCGUCAGCUGGGGAGGCGGGCGGCGCUUCAGGUCUGGCGGCACUCCUCAACAUGGUCGGGUCAACCCCUGGCUCGGCCCUCCAAAAUGGCGCCGGCGGAUUUGGGUCGCAACUUGUAACACAAGGUGGUCGAAGAGCAAGACCUGAUUAUGUGGCCUACGCACGGGUUGCGAAGAAGGUCGACGUGCGACGUCUCAAAUUGGAGAUGUGGAAGGGUAUGGGUGACCGAUUAAUCGCUGCCACACACUUUGAUGCUCCUCACGAAAGCACUGUCAAUAGCCCUCCGGAGCCCUCUCAACCCGACGCAACGCCAACACCCACACCCACAUCCCAGGACAAGGUUGCUGACGAAGAGAACAAUCGAUUACGCUUCACCCAUGUCAUGAACUCCUUAAAACAAGUCUAUGCUCCGGAUACAUUGCGGGACAUUAGUACCUCAUAUGGGUUCAUUUGUCUGCUUCAUCUGGCCAAUGAACAAGGGCUUGUCUUGCACAAUGAUGACCGUCCUGGUGGUGACGGCGAAGCUAGAUUGGAAGAAAUCUUCGUCGUGAGAGAUGCCAACGCAGUCAUCGAAGAAGGAGCUAUAUAACAUUGUAUAUCAUGGAUGAAGGCAUCUGCUCCCUUGUUUUAAUGGUCAUGUUAUGCUCUAUGAGGUAUGCUGUAUGGGUUGGAGUUUACGCAGGCUCUCAAUAUGUGCCGUGGGCGGAGUUUGUAGGGUCGUUCGUUUCUCUGUCGUGAUGGAUGGCGUUUGGUCGGGCCGUUUGAAUGGCUCCUUCGAUUUAUUUAUUUACCUAUGUUUUUCUCUUCAGUUUUGGGCUGGGGGCACAGUCCUGUGCUCGAUUGGCUCGAUUUCUCAUGUACCUGUUUUAUCUUUCGGGUUUAACACUUCCUCUCCGAAGGCCGUACAUAACUACAUGCAAUUUCUGUUUCUUUGAUG